AUGGCCGCCAUGUCAUUCAUCGCGUGUCUGGGGCAAGCGCUCUUCCCGGAUGGCUCCAUCCCCAAAGCCCUCAGCAACCGCGUGGCCGUGGCUGCUGAGCUGCACAGAGCCACGCGCGCGCGGAUCAUCCUCAGCGGCGCGGACGUGUCGAAAGUGGGCACCUCCGAAGCGAAGGCAAUGCAUAGUAUCCUCACAAAGACGCAUGGCAUCAGUCCCGAGAAUCUGCUUCUCGACGAGUCUGCUAUGAACACGAUCGAGAACGCACGCAACACGCUGGUCAUCAUGAGAAGAGAAGCGCCCGACCAGGAGUUGAAGUUGUACCUUGUGACCUCGGAAUUCCACUGCCCACGCUCCGAGUACAUUUUCCGGAAUGUGCUCGACUGUGAUGCAGUGGGCAUAGAAGCGUGUCCUGCUCCCAGUGGCUUGGAGGAUGACAUCUCAGACAACCCGAGCAAGCCCAUGGUGACGGAUUUCAAAGUCGUCAAGACCAUGAAAGACAUCAACGAGUGGGGCAUAUUUUUGCGCUUGUGCCAUGAGCACGCCAUUAUGCAGGUGAAGAUGCGCAGUUGGCUUGCGGACUACGGGAUUGCAAAGCAAGACCCGGCACAUUUCGAUCGAGCUUUGGCUCAGAUCCUCCAGAUGGUCGAUCAGGCCCGCAAGGGCAAUUUGCGAUUAGAUGCGCCGCUAGCGUAG